CUGUGUUUGUAUGUUUGACAGCUCGUAGUACUUGUUAUUGGUUUUCUCAACAAGUUAUGGUGUAAAUUUUCAUAUACGUAAAUAUUGCUUUCGUGUAUCAUGGAUGAUAAUUCCCUUUUUAAACUAGAGAGCGGAUCCAUCGAUGAGGCGUCUACAGUUGUGAAAGACUUCGCGGAGAAGCACAUUCAAACAUAUAGUUUCCAUGAAAAUGAUAAGGAGACUCUUGAAAGACUGUGGGCAGCUUUAUUUCGAAGACUAGAAAAUGAAAACAGUGAAGCUUGCCAUAAAUAUUGUCUUAUUUGCAUUAGACUUCUGAGCCGUGAUAAAGUGGGAUUAUGUGAUCAUGUGACAGAGAAACGAGUGGAGACUUUAUUGAAAUUAGCAGGACUUGUGCCACAAGAAGAAGCUUUGUCAAAAGCAAGCCAGAAGUCAGCUGACCGUGAUGUGAUGCUUGAGGCAUUAAAGGCUCUCUGCAAUAUUGUGUAUAACAGUCAACAAGCUCAAGCGAUUUGUGGCCAAAAUCAUGCUGUGGAAGCAGUGAUUAUACGGAUGCGAACAUAUCCUGAAGGUGGCUGGCCUAUUACUCUCAAAUAUUUUGACAUGAAGCUUUUGUUUUUGAUUACUGCUCUGUGUUCAUCAGUGAGACCCACACUGCGGGGCCCUCUUCAUGGGUAUACAUAUUUAGUGGCGAGCUUGGACUUAAUACUGAAACAAUCCAAAGGGAAACCUCUAAUGGGUGAACAAGUCCAGUUUGUCUGUGAGAUUUUGAAAGUGUUAUUCAAUCUCUCUCUUGGAGUAAAUCAGACUGAAGAAGAACCACACCACAUACGUUUGGGUGCAAUUUUAUAUCAACUGUUGCUUCUCAAAUCAAGUAACCCAGCUGAAUUGAAUAUGCAUGCAGUAAACUUACUAGUCAGUCUUCCUGGGAGCUGCUAUUCAGAACUAUUGACACUUGCAGACAGACUGUGCCCACCUGAGCUGGAAUGUGAAGGAUAUAACAUGGCAGUGGUGGAAAUAAUAUUGGAACUGUUGGAUGAAAAGCUGGAAGACCAGGUAAUCAAGAAACAUCCUGAGUCUCUGUGUCCGCUACUCACAGUCUUAGCCAAGGGAGCAAGAUAUCAGCGCCCAAUUCGAAAGUUCCUAAGAGCAAGAAUCUUACCUCCACUUGGUGAGCAAGUAUUAACAAGACCAGAAGAGGGUGACACAAUGCGGAAUAAACUAUGUCGUUUGCUGACAGCAGCAAAUCCAGACACCAAUAUUUCACAGCUGGCUGCUGACCUUCUGUUCGUGCUAUGCAAGGAGAAUGUUGGCCGAAUGGUAAAAUAUACUGGCUAUGGUAACGCUGCUGGACUUCUAGCAAAUAAAGGUCUGAUGCUUGGUGGAGAUGGAAAGAAACCUGAUGGAUAUUCAUCAGACAGUGAAGACAGUGAUACAGAAGAGUACCAGAAAUACCGAGACAGUGUGAAUCCUGUUACUGGCUGCUAUGAACCACCAAAACCAGAUCCAACUGCUGGAAUGUCUGAUGAACAAAAAGAAUAUGAGGCAAUGCAGCUUGUUAACAUGAUGGAUCAACUAACGAGAGAUGCACUUCUUCAGCCAUGUCGAAUUGGAGAAGAUGGGCGUCCUGAACCUGUCGUACAUGUUCUUCAACUUCUGGAAGAGUUGCCUCCAGAAUUUCGGCAGCAAAACAACCCAUUCGACGACAGCAAUACAGAAUCAUAAAAGCUGAGUUGCCAGCGACGUAAUACAUUCUCUGGAUUUCUUCAUGUAGUUACCUUUUUCACCUGUUUUGAUAGUAUUCACAAAGAAUUCGUAGUAAUUGUUGUUGCUAUUUGUUAUUGAGUGCAAAUGUAUGUCAGCACCAUUUUAAAUUGUGUAUGCUGUAGAAUGAUACCAUGUGUGUUUUGUCAAGAAAUGUUUUGACCAUGUUCACUAAGUUUUAAUUUGUGUAUUUGCUGCUCUCGAGAACAACUUAUUCACAUUUGGUCUCAAAGACAGUGCUCUAGUAGUAAGACCAUGUAUAAACAUGAAGGUUGAAAAUAAACAGAGGGAGCACAACAUAUCAUGUGGAUAAAUUAACAGUAUUUUAAAGAAAAUCAAUUAGAGAAAAGAAUAACUGGUCUAAUAACACAAGCAUGGUGUCUAAAAUAACGCAGUAGAUGCACUGUUAAAGCAAGAAAUGUUUGAUAAUCUAAUCCAAAUGUGAAAGAACAGGUCAAAACUGUUGCAUGACUUAAAAUGUAGUUCAACUCAAGAUUACACUUAUGCGUAUUUGAUUUUACGAUGACAGUUAAAAUAGCCUGUUUGUGUGCAAACUGAUUAGCUUAAGUUUUUUAAUGCCAAAGAAAUGUAUCACAUGCUGUCCUUCAAUUCCGAUCUGUCAAUACUGACCUUGUUUUUGUGUUGCAGGGAUGAUAAACAUAUUAUAUUUAACAGAUAUUAGAAUAGAGUCAAAUGAUGAUAAAUGUGAGGUACAAAAUGACUUUUUAGUAGCCAGUGUUUUAGUACAGAUGUUUUGAGUUUUCCCCUUUUAUCUAUAUAAACGCUUUGACAGAAGUCAAAUAUGCUGACUGAACAAGUGAUGAACCGAUCUCUGAGUAAACAUAAGUUGUUAACAAUUGUCAAGAAUCUCCGUGUCUGUUCUCCACAUCAUUUCCUGCAAAUUUCCUGUGUGCUUGCUUCUAAGAGCAAAUGUGACAUUGCUCUAAACUUAUGUUCCAAUUCUGUAAGUUAAAUACACUUAGGAAAUUGACUUAAGUUCUGUUAAGAUUCUUAAAAAAAUAAAACCAUUAUUUGCUUC